AUGAAUCUUUUGGCAAUAGGCUUUAAGCCGCAACUUUUAUUCAUAUCACUUGAAAUUAAUUUUCUUCAUAAUGAAUUAAAUGCAUUAGAACAGUUAUUGAAUCAAUUUUUUGAUGUGAAAACAGCCAAUGAUAAAAGACAGGAAAUACAAAAAUUUUUGUCAAACUUUCAAACCCAACAUGGUUGCUGGAAACUUUGUGUUGAAUAUUUAGCCCUCACAAGAAAUCAACAUGUUGCAAUAUUUUGUCUCACAACUAUUGAGAAUAUCAUUAAUAAACAGUGGAUGUGCCUUUCCUGGGAAGAAAAAAUACAAUUAAAAUCCAUGCUGUAUGAUUAUCUAUUAAGAAAUCAAAAAGCUUUAACAAUGUGUAUUAAAAGUAAAUUAGUUAAGUCUAUUGUUGACAUUGCUAGACUUGAUUGGCCUCAUUACUAUCCUGAUUUUUUCACAAACAUUUUUCAACUUCUGGAAAAAUCUGAUACAAGGUUUUUAGGGUUAUUAUUUAUGUUGAUAACUUCAGAAGAGCUUAUUGCUCCGAGAGAAGACCUUAGUGUGGAUCGAAAAAUCGAAUUACAGAAGUUGUUGUUGGCUCAAAUGCCUGAUGUUUUUGCUAUUCUUUCGGGUUUUUUAUCUAAUGAAACUAUUCUGUCUGAUGUACAAGACUGUUCAUUGCUUUUAAGAGUAUUUACACAUUUAUUUUCUUGGGUGCCUGCUACUCAUGUUCCUCAUACAGUUAUAAAUUUUUUGUUUAAAAUAGGAUCAAAAACUGAUAAACAAGAUAUAGCUUUAUUAGCUAUAAAUACAUUAAAUGAAAUGUUGUACAGGCAUAGUGUACCUCCUAACAGAAACGAAAUAGUUAACCACACCAUGAAUUUAUUACAAACUUUACUUUCAUCUAUCACAAAGUUAGAAGAAUGUUAUUUAGAAAAGAUUACUGAAUAUUUACGAUUAGUUUUGGGUAUGGAAUUAUGUCAAAAUACGGAGAAGCAGGAAAAUUUAACUAGUCUGUUGUUUGCUACUCUCUCUUUUACAAUUCAACAACCAACAUUUGAAUUUGGAUUUUUUAAAUGUCUUGAAAUUUGGAUGCAUCUUCUUGAAUACUCAAAUUCAAAAAAGUAUGUAUGGUUAAAAAUUAAUUGUAUGGUUUUCAUUAUAAUACAUAAUUUUUUAAGGUAUCAAGAAGUUUUUAUAUCAUUGGCUCAACAUAUAUUGAAAAAAAUUCAAUUUCAAGAAAAUAGGAUGGAGAUGAUAAAAAUAAAUAACUUUAUCACCGAUGAAGAAGAUGUUUCAAGUUGGAAUGCUAUUCUUAAAACUUCCGUAAAUAUUAUAGCAGUAAUAGCUGAUUUUCAAUCAAAUGAAAUUCUUCAGUUAGUCUUUGAGCAAUGGGUUCAAUUGUGUGGUCUGUAUGGACACAUAUUUCAAGCUGACAAUUUUUCCGCUGCCAUUCAAGAUCAUAUUUUGAUUCAUUCAUUAUUAAUAGACUUAUCCACUUUAACUCAGGCCGUGGGCUUACUAUAUCCCCAAUGUACAGGAGAAUCCUGGAAAGAAGAACCAAAAUUUACAAUCGCAAGACUUUCUGUUCAGCAUUUAUUGACAUUACAAGAAUUGACUAAAAAAGCUCAAUGUCAUUCCUUACCAGUUAAUAUAAAAUUAGCUUUUCAAAACCUACACGCUGAAGUUUUAGCUUCUCUCAAGUCUUGGUGCUAUUGGCUACCAUUAUUACACACCGAAGUCUCAACAAAAUCUAUUCUUAACGAUUAUGUUACCGGUAUACUUAAUGGUUGUAUUCCAUUAUUAAAUCCUGGAUCCCCUACUGUACUUCAACACUGUUCAGCUCACCUUUUAUCAACGAUAACAAGCACCGUUCGUCCGUACUGUUUUUGGAAUCAAGAAGGCAUUAAAUUUUUAUUUUCAUCUAAUUUGGACCAUUUGCAAAAAGAGGACCGAUAUUUAAUUCAAGGAAGUCUAGUCAACUGUUUAAUUUUAAAAUGGCCUAACAUAGAAGAUCAAAUGUGGGACCAUAGAUUAAAAUUAUUAACAUCAUACAUAGAUCAGCUGACAAGUUCAUUUACCGCUUUGCCAUUGCAAUUUAACUUGCAGUUUAAACCUUUAAUAAUAACAACUUUGCAAACACUGCAGUACAUAAUAAUGCUUUACAAAUCCGAAGGAACAAAAUCUAAAAAACUUCUUUGUGUGGCAUUUCAAAAAUCCGUUGAUCAUUCGUUAGCUCUUUUCCCAGUGUAUGUAAGGGAUCCAGAAGUCAAUCAAGAAAUUUUACAAUUUUUUUUAAUACUGUUGGAGUGUUUACAACAACAAGUGGGCGUUGCAUUCACUCAAGUCACAGUUCAAACUUUUAUGGAUGCUUACACAAGGCAACAACUACAGGUAUCAUUAGCUCAUGAAAACGGUGGAGGCCUUCAACAACUUUUGCAAAUAUUAGAUCUUGUAGUUCAAACACCAGGGUUAUCAGCAUCAAAGUUAACUCCGAUGACUGUGAAUUUGUGCCUUCAGCUGUCAGAGCCUAUACUCGCUCCUGCUGUGUCACCCACGGUUCAGGAAUCUCUUUUUCAACUGGUUUAUAACAUUUUAGUGCAUAAAUGGCAUUAUUUUUUUAAAACAACUCUGGAAGCAGAUUUGCGAAGAAAGGAAUUUUUACAAUUGAUGAAAUCAAUCGGUCAAUCACUUUUUUUACAAAAUAUUGACCUCUUUAGACAAAAUCUUAAGAAUUUAGAAAGACUGAAUCUUAAAUGGAAUCUUUAUUGUAAAGAGGUAUUCAAGAAAGAUUUACACACGGAAUUUUUAAAAGCUUUGCUCAAUAUUCUCAUUUCAAAAAGUCAUUCUCUCGUUAAAGAAGAGAUAGCCGUCGUCAUUUACAAUUUAAUUAUAGUGGACACGGAUGAAUUUUUCAAUUCUUUCCUACCAAAUUAUUUAGACUCAUUCGACGGUUUGAACACAACUCAAAAAACUAUAUUAUUGGAUAACUUUUCAAGAGAGCCAGACAUGCCUUCUAUGACUCAAAAUAUAUUUCGAUUGACAAAUGAUCUCAUUUGUUACCAAUUAUGCAAUUCAACCUUACCUUUGGAUAUUGUUAAAUCAAAUUAG